CUAACGAAUCGUGCCAGUCGCCGAAACUCGUCGAAAACGGUGAUUGUUGCCAUCGGCAAAGGAAACUCCUCGCAUCAUGUCGGCUGACAAAUACAAUAUUCUAACUCCACCGUCGCGACAUCCAUCGACUCUAACAUUCGAUAUAUGUGUCGACAAGAGGUCUUCCUGACUGAAGAAAGCCACCAGAUACAGGAACCGAUAUACACACUCUUGUUGCUCAUUUUGAUGUUUAAAUCCACCACUCGCCUUCUCGCAGCCAUGACGAAUUACAACAUCACCAUAGUCUCGGAUAUUGUCUGCCCGUGGUGCUAUGUCGGCCACACCCGGCUAUCAAGAGCCAUCGCCGAACACAAGAAGACCUAUCCGGAUGAUAAAUUCCACAUGAAAUACCUACCCUACUACCUUCAGCCACCACCGCAGCUCACAACCAACGGUGGUCCAGCGCCACCACCGUUUCCCGUCCAAUCUCGCCCUCGACGAGAGCACUACGCCGCCAAAUUCGGGCCCGAACGUGCCAAGCAGAUCGAAGCGAUGAUGAUCCAGACCGCUGCCGGUGAAGGUCUGAAUUUCAAGUUUGGUGGGAUGACGGGCGUGAGCCGCAAUGGGCACCGUCUUGUGCACUGGGCGCAGAAUCGCGGCGGCGAGGACGCGCAGAACCAGGUCAUGUUGGGCCUGUGGAGGAGGUAUUUCGAGCAGGAAGUCGACAUCACGACGCUAGAGACGUUGAUCGAGAUUGGACUUGAAGCCGGCUUGGGUACCAGGGACGAGAUCAAGGACUACCUUGAGAGUGGCAAAGACGGCGAGGAAGUUGACCGCAUGGCAGAGGAGGCGAGGUUGAAGGGCAUCAGCGGUGUGCCGAAUUAUGAGAUCAACGGGAUGUGGGAGGUCAGUGGUGCGCAGGACCCCCUGGCUUUCAGGAGAUUGUUCCAACGAUGGAAGGAUAUGGAGGCUAAAGGGCAAGUUGGAGGUGAAGGAGAGAAGACGGCGACCGGCAAUGGAUGUUUGUGAGAUGCUCAAUGCCGUCUUGGGAAGUAAGGCUCGUGUAAGAACGAAGGAAACAUUAGCAAAUGACGUUCAACUGUAAGGUAUGGGACUCGUUUAUAUGCAGCAAUGCAUCAAAUGAAAGGGAGCAAAAUUCCUCUGUUCAAAGAUCC